AUGUCACUCCCAUAUGACGGAACACCACCACCGCGCGAACCCGAGCCCGAGAUCGAGGAAAUAGAAGUUGAGAACCCAGCGUUAGAUAGACCAUUGGACGACUAUCAGCCUGCCAUACCCGAUCACGUCCAGAGUCUUAUGGGCAGGAUGUCAAAGGGGAAGGUAUAUUUGAUGGAAGAAAGUCCAGGUAUACUUCAUUUGGAUGGUCAAGAGAAAUUGAAAAGGGAUCCUAGGAUAGCAGCUCUAGCUCAAAGGCUGGAUAAACAAGAUCCAACGAGCUGGCUGGAGGCGAUAUCAGCUUCGGCACCAUCACCUAUCAAACCAAAUGCAUUAUACAUCAAAUCAGACUUGAUACAGCAUUUAUCAACUAGUAAAGUGUUCUCGUGGACUUCGGGAUUAGGUGCAGGAGUGAUGGGUAUCGAAUGGCUAAACGAUACGACUCUACACUUGAUAUUCCCCACCGCCGCCUCAGCAUUGAUAGGUCUAACUGUACUUUCCAAAGCGGGCUUUGAUCCUGCUGAGGGUGAUGAUCCUCUACUUGAACGAUCCGCUCACUCAGUCCCAAUCUCCUUAUUACCUCUCGCCGAACCUGAACCGGUCCCUUCAUUGGAAGGUCAAGAAUUACUUUCUGGUCCAUCUAGCUCUGUUGAAGAUGACGGAAUCAGACGUAAAGGAAGAGGAACAUUUGGUAAAUCAGGUGCUUCAGGUGCAUUCGAUUUAGAACCUUUAGUGAAACCUGAACAAACGGGAUUGGAUGAAAUCAAAUUUGCUGAAGGGUUAAAUCCUCAUGCGAGGAUAACCAUACGGUAUGCGAUUGAAGCAGAUUCCGAUUUGAGGAAACAGGCAAAACAAUCCCAAUGGUAUAAGAAACAUGGUAGACAUGCUGGUAAAGAAACUUCAUCUUCUAGACGGAAUAUCACCAGCAAUGAUCAAGAUGAAGGGAAUGGUGGAUAUAGUUUUGCUGGAAGAGGGAGUGGAGAAGGAAGGGAUUUUGCGAAAAGGAUAGGUAGAGGAGGAAGGGAGAGGAGGGGUCCGUAUGGUGAAAGACCUGAUAGACGUAGAGGUGGAAGAACAGAAGAGGAUUUAGAUAAGGAAUUGGAAAAUAUGGCGAGGAGGAGACAGACGGGUGAAAUCGAUGAAGAUGUAGAUAUGGAAAGCCAGAGUCGGUCGUAUGGGGAAAGAGGUGGGAAUGGUAGGAGAGGACCAAGUAGGAAAGAGGAUCUGGAUAGAGAAUUAGACGAAUUAUUCGCGAACAGGGCCGCAACCAGCUGA